GAUGUCCCAGGUUUUGGUGUUAACCGGACUCGUAAGUUUGGGUUGAAAACGAAACCGGGGAAUGGGAGGAGAGGUCUUCGCUGCAUGAUGAGAAGCUGGAAGGUGCGGGAGCUGUCACGGCGAGGAUGAAGACGAUCGGGUGAUAAGAGGAAGAUGGCUACUGCAUCCAUUGAUGAGGGAAACGCAGGUUUUUUAUUUCCGGGUCGGGUUGGGGACUUGGAGCUUCUGUAUUGGCCCGGGUCCAUGACCAAAAAAAGAAAAACACCCUAGUUUCCUUCUCUAAACACAUGCUGCAAGCAGUAAAGAGAGUGAUUGCUCGAAUUGAAUUUGGAAUUUAGCCAUUCCAGCGGAUUCAUACCUAUCUUUCGUUUCAAUUUGAUUGCUUCUUUUUCCACAGAAAUUAUUCCAGUUCGAAACCUCAAUUUCUUUCUUUUACCAUGGAACCUGGAAGAUUUGAUCCAACUUACUCCUCAGAGUUAUUGAAGCAUAUGGAUAAGCAGAAUGAGAUCCUUAUGGAAGCCUACAGAUCAAUGCUCCAUGAAUCGCAAAAACUUCAGGUCGAAGAAGAAAUGCUUAUGCACAAGCUCUAUGAAGUUAUGUCAGCUCAUGGUCUAACUAAAAAGAGUGAUGCCAAUUCCAAUGCUGCUGGUAAUAUUGGAGCUUUAACAGAAACUAACAAUAACGAAGCUGUUACACACCCCAGCAGUAUAGAAACUCGAGGGCAACAAAGGGAAAUCACUCCUUUUCGAUACACUUAUAGGAGGAGAUAAGAGAAAAUAACAGAAUGAGUGAGAGAAAUUGGUAGAAUUGUGGAGAGAAUUGGAUUUAUUCAUUCUCUUACUUCAAUACAUAUUUCACUGGUCUGGAGAAUUUCAUAAUAAAAUCUCCUGCACUAGUAACUUUGUUAGCCUCACACUUGAAUUACAAGCAACAAUUAAGUGAACAUAAAUGGAAGAUGAAUAUGGAUUGCAUUGAAGAAAAAUGCAGCAACAAAAUGCAAUAACAGCACCCUAUUUUCCCUUUCGAGUCUCGGAAUGUGACUCCUUGAGCAUCAACUAAUUCUUCUAACCCCAUUCUCUCACUCCCCUUACAAUAUAUUUUCCAGUACUCUAACUAACUGAACGGUCCCCUCACUCAGUGUUCUGACUGUUCUCUACUCUACUCUCACUCUAUUUUCCCAUAUAGUAGUCCCUCACCCAAAAUGGGGCAUUUCUCAUCCUCCUACUAGUUGGGCCUGGUCCUUCUGUUGCUUCUGGUAUUGGGUGGUCUUGGUAGCUUGGUUCUGGGUCGGGUUGGUCAGUUUCAUCAGACUUCUUUCUUUCUACUUCUAAUUCUAAUCCAUCUUUAGCUCAAUUCUUUUAUCUUCUGCACUAUUAUUUUGUACAGGAGAUCUUAUAGAAGCCCAUGACAAACAGUGAGGACAUAGUUUAGAUUCAUUCAUUCACUCAUAAAUUUGGAACAAAUUAGUUUUAGGGGAAAUGAAAUAGAUCUUUCUUUACUCUAUAUCCUUUG